UCCAUUUUAGAUUCAGCUGGUGAUCUAAAUCCGGAUAUUUGGCUGACCCGUGCACAUUUGCCCAUCAUUCCCUUCAAAUGUCGCUGUGCAGUAGUAAUGUCCUGUCCUGGAUUGGUUCCAGCACUUACUCAGUCUGCUGGAUAAAAUCACAAAUCCUGUCAGAGGACUGACAGCACGGGGAGUUUGCUACCAUGGACGCGUAUGUUGCCAUUUGACCAUGUUUGUUUUUAGCAUUUCAGUAAGCUGUCCAUUCAUAUAGUUAGACAGGUUGACUUGCUUGUAAGCUCAGUAGGAUGCAAGGACGCAUCACUAGUACGCGUGCAACUAAAGAGAGAGCAAGCACGGGGCAAGAAGGCGGGCCUCAGAAAGCGUCAGAAGUGAAUAAAGAAGUCGACCUAAAUAAUUUUCAGUAGCGUAGGCUAAUUAUCUAAACCCCCUCCCUUCCCCCGAGGAUUCUGCAAUAAAUGAAGAAAGUGAUGAAGAAGAAGGACAAAUUAAAUUGCGCGGCGUUUCAAAGCAGAUGUUUCAAAGUAUUAUAGGUCAUCAGCACCUGGACGAAAUGCGUAUUCGGAAGAAAGUAUUUUGAUUGAGUAAUGUUUAAACGAUGACAACUUGUGAGUAAUGUAUUGAAGUCUAUGGCAGGUGAUUUCUAAGGGCAUGCUUUUAGCAGAAACAAAACUCCUUACUCCAGUCAGAUUCCAACUUGACUACAACUGGUUAUGAAAACCUGCACCUCUAGAUUUAAUUGGCAGGUGGAAAGAUGUUUGUGGAGUCUGUCGUUCGAUGGGGAGCAUGGAGCAUCCUGCUCCAGUGUGGAUUGGGUGUGUCAGCUGGGUUUUGUCCACCUCGGUGUGUGUGUCGGCCUGACACUAUGGAAGUGAACUGCUCAGGCAAACACCUAACCUCAGUGCCUGAAAGCUUACCCAGUGAUAUGAAGCGAUUGGACCUAUCCCAGAAUAAGCUAAAGACACUGGGUCGUCGCCAGUUCUUGGGGCUCACCCAGCUUCAGGAGAUGGACCUGAGUGACAAUGUCAUCUCAAUGAUUGAAGUUGAGGCUUUCCAGGGCUUGCAAAACCUCAGGAUUCUUCGUAUUAAGAAUAAUCGUUUAAAGAUUAUUCCUGUUGGGGUCUUUUCGGGCCUAUUCAGUUUGCAGUUCCUGGACCUCAGUGAAAAUGAGAUCCUGGUCUUUCUUGACUACACCUUCCGAGAUAUGGGGAACCUGCAGUUGUUGGAGGCUGGGGAGAAUGACCUGGUGUUCAUCUCCCAGCGGGCGUUCACUGGCCUGCAGAACUUGCAGGAGCUUAACCUGGACCGCAGCAACCUAACCUCCAUCCCCACAGAAGCGCUGUCCCAGCUCCAGAGCCUGACACGCCUCCGCUUACUACGCCUCACCAUCUCAUCGCUUCCCAACAAUGUCUUCCGCAGAUUGCACCGCCUGCGUAGCCUGCUGAUCUCCCACUGGCCCUCCUUGGACACGUUGGCCAGCAACAGUCUCAUCGGCCUCAAUCUGACCUCUUUGGUCAUCAGCAGCAGUAACCUCAGCGCUGUUCCUUACUCUGCCCUGCGCCACCUUGUAUACCUGCGCUAUCUAGACCUGUCCUACAACCCCAUUACCAGCAUCCAGGGAAAUCUGCUAGGGGACUUGUUAAGACUGCAAGAACUGCACCUGGUUGGGGGAAACCUGCUGAGGAUCGAGCCUGGGGCCUUCAGAGGACUCGCUUACUUCCGGGUGCUCAAUGUUUCCUCCAAUCAGCUCACCACCCUGGAGGAAGGCGCCUUUCACUCCGUAGGGAACCUCCAGGUUCUCCGACUAGAUGGAAACCCACUGGCAUGCGACUGCCGUCUGCUCUGGGUCGUCCGAAGGCGGUUCCGCCUGAAUUUUGAUGGACGGCAGCCCACUUGUUUGUCUCCUCAUAUGGUACGAGAGAGGGAGUUCCAGGGGUUCUCGGAGAAGGAACUCCCAAGAGUGUUCAUCUGCCGGCCAAGCCGCAUCAUAGACCGCAGAAGACAAGAAGCCAACGUAGAGGAGGGCACCAACAUACUGUUCUCCUGUAAGGCUGAUGGUGAUCCAGCACCCACAAUCACAUGGAUUUCAUCCCAGAAGACCCUUCUCUCUCCCACGGGCCGGAUCAGGGUGUUGUCUGAUGGGACUCUGGAGGUACGCUAUGCCCAGGUUCAGGACAGUGGCAUGUACCAGUGCACAGCAGGCAAUGCAGCUGGCAACGACACCCUGUCUGUCAGCCUGCAGGUGAAGGGGUUCCCACGAAAUCGCACAAUGCCCUUUUUUACCGAACAGGGCUGGAUCGAGUCUUCCUUCCCACCCACCGCUAAUUCCUCUGCCCAGGUGGCUAACCCAUACCCAUUUGAUGCCAAGACAUUGAUCAUAGCCACCACUAUGGGCUUCCUUUCCUUCCUCAGCUCUGUGGCCAUCUGCUUUGUCUUCAUGUUCUUCUGGAGCCAGAGCAAAGGGCAGAUCAAACACACGGCCACGAUCGACUUUGUGCCUCGCGCCUCCAUGGGGGGAGGAGGGGAAGGAGGGGACACUGGUAGGUUCACCAUGAAGCUUAUCUAAGUCCUCUUAGGAAUGGACAACAAGUAAUACUGGGGAGCUUUAUUGACUAUUUAAACCCUUCUGGAUUGAGUACUUGCAUACACAGAUUCACAGUGCUCUAUAGGAAGUGGUUCUACUUGUGAUGAUUCUGAGUGGGUAUUUAAGGGAAGUAGAUGAAAGAUUUUCAUCAGACAUGUUAAAUUUAAACAGUUAUUUCAGUGAACAUGCCUCUUAACCUCACAUUUUGACACUAUCUAGUGAUACAAAAGUAGAACACACUUAUGAAUGAAGCAAGUCUGUUUCAGGGUUGAAAAGAUAUAUUGCGUUUUAUACAUUACAUUUUUGUUGCAGCAUAAAGUUUGUCAAAAACAUAUAUUUUUUUUGAGAAUUAGAGCAUUAACAUAUACAAACGACAGCAACUUUAGAUGAAGGAUUAGACCAAACAUAUCAGGUUUGCUUGGUUAAUACUGUACAAGUGAUGUGAGCUUUAUGUACUCUUUGCUCUUGCCAGUACAGGUCAACCAAACAUAGCCCUUAUGACACCCACAAGGGAGACCUUCAGAGACUGCAUUCUUAGGAUUUUGUAAGGCUCUAUGAGACAAUUAUGCAAACACAUGACUGUAGCUAAAAGCCUAUAAGUAGUUACAUUAGAUGUAUAUGAUGAUGUACCAUAGCCAAAUAGUUAUUGCUAACUUCAAGGUAAAAUGUUGUCACUGCUCAUGUUUUGACUAGUAUAUCUAGUAUUAAGACUAUUACAAGGAUCGUGUUAUUUUGGAGACAUAAUUUGUGUGUGGAUACUUUAAAUUGUAGUCCUCGUAUUGAGUUGUAAUUGACUGUGGCUUUUGGCACUAUGUUUAUUUUAGUUUGUACAUAAGAAUGUAUACAAUUCAAUUUCAUACUUUAACAAUUUUGCUGGUGCAACUUUGAUCGUUUUUUCAUUUUUUUAUAGAGAGUUUUCUGCUAUUACAUGCUCAUUCAUAAAUGUUUCGAACUGUAUUGAAUUCUUACCCUCAUGUAACCUUUAUAUUCAUUUUUUUCCCAAAAGAUCAUAAACGUAAAUAAUUAUAAAAUGUGCCUGAGUAAGAUACUCGCCAUGGAGAAGCAAUGGAAAACUGUAUUCAUUAUUUUCUUGUGAAUUAUAGGUUGAGGACAUUUUCUUUCUCUGGGUUACUCUAUAGCUAGUCCAACUGAUCAAGGUCUCUUCACUAUGCCACUCUCGUUUUAUGUAUACUUGUAGAACCAAACAGAUACGAAAAAUUGUGUAAAUUAAUUUAAACAUAAGUAAUCAAAUGUGUUUUUCUAUCUUGUUUGUAACGUAUAUUCCUUUUGAUUAAA